AGCAGUGCAAACGUUACAUAGGAUGUGUACUUACGUAUAUAUUCGAGGUCUGCACACGUAUGCCGCCCAUAAUAAUUACCUAUCGCGAAAUCUCUAGCGAGAAAAUAUCACUAAAUACGAGAAAAACACUCGCUAAUCGAGCGAGUCCAAACGACAGUUCACAUCCCGACGCGGUGCGGUGCAGUCGUGUAAAUAUAUUAUUGAACAUGACCAAGAACGCGCGAAAUUAACAUCGUGAAUCAAAGUGACUUUAUAUUUAACUCAAUUAAAUUAUGUGAUAGUAGUUUUAACGAAUCUGUGAUAUUGUGUAUAUUUAUUCAACAAAACAAUGGCUGACGAAAAGUCCUGGCUGAUGACGGGACCCUCGACCUCUGCAUCAUCACAUCAAAACCUUCGUUAUGAUUCUGCUACAACCGACGCAACCCCCUUCAUCCAGAAUGGGACCAAACCAGUCAUCAGCAAGGACGACACGAAGAAGCAGAAGGAUUCCACAAAGGCCGCUGCCAAGGCUGCCAGAGGGAAGGCCUUUAGGCAGGUCUUGGCAGCCCUGAUUGCCAAUCUUGGCACCAUCAACACUGGAAUGGCAUUUGGGUUCUCAGCGGUGGCACUGCCUCAACUUAAGAGCAAUGAGUCUAGUAUACAUAUUACGAACGAUCAAGCCAGUUGGAUUGCCAGUCUCAGCGCAGCGGGGACUCCUAUGGGGUGCAUCAUCAGUGGAUACCUCAUGGACGCCAUCGGACGUAGAACGACUCUGAUUGUUACGGAGAUACCCCUCAUAAUAGGCUGGAUACUGAUUGCGUUUGCACAGAACAUUCCUAUGAUUUAUGUUGGUCGGCUGCUAGUGGGCUUUGGAUCAGGCAUGGUGGGAGCGCCGGCGCGCGUAUACACCGCAGAAGUAGCGCAGCCGCAUCUGAGAGGGAUGCUCGGCGCGCUGGCCUCUGUCGGCGUGUCCACUGGAGUCCUGAUACAGUACGUGCUUGGAAGCGCGCUACCAUGGCACAUACUAGCUGGCAUCAGCGCUUCCGUCCCCAUGCUGUCAUUCCUGACGAUGCUCCUGGUGCCAGAGACGCCCAACUUCCUCCUCACCCAGGACAAGGCUGAUAGAGCCAAGAACUCCCUGGCCAAGCUCAGGGGGUCCACCUUUGACUUGGAUGAGGAGAUCCAGAAGAUGGUCAACUUUAAGGAGAAGAAUCAUGUUGAACCCCUGAGGACUCCCAGAGAGAUCAUCAAGGCGCUCUUGUCACCAUCAGCCCUGAAGCCCUUCAGCAUCCUCGCGAUCUACUUCUUCCUGUACCAGUGGUGCGGUGUCAACACGAUCACCUUCUACGCCGUUGAAGUGUUUGAAGCAUCAGGAGCCACCCUGAACAAGUACUGGCUGACGAUCUCCAUGGGCAUCAUCAGGGUGAUAUUCACCGUCAUCGGCUGCAUCCUGUGCAGGAGGUGUGGACGCAGACCGCUCACUUUUGUUUCUGCAAUCGGAUGUGGCACAACCAUGAUAGUGCUGGCUGUAUACAUGUACCUCGUGGCGCAGUGGCGAGCUAAUAACGAGCCGCCCAUGCACUCCUGGAUUCCAGUGGCUGCCAUCUUCCUAUUCACCAUUUCCUGCACCCUGGGCUACCUGAUCGUGCCGUGGGUGAUGAUCGGCGAAGUUUAUCCUACGCAGGUCCGUGGGAUCGUGGGUGGCAUGACGACGUGUGCAGCGCACUUGUCGGUGUUCUCGGUCGUGAAAACCUUCAAUUUGCUGAAGGGCGCGCUCAACGACUACGGUGUCUUCGCCCUGUACGGAUGUAUGUCGAUAGUUGGCACAGUAUUCUACUACUUCUUCCUCCCUGAAACGAAAGGAAGAACUCUCCAAGAGAUUGAAGAUUACUUCUGCGGCAGAACGAAAACCCUCAAAAAAGCGUCAAUCACGGAUACUACGAGUAAAGCGUGAGAAGUGACAACUUAGCAGAGUGACUGGUUAUGUGUUUUGUUGAAUAUUUUAUUUACUAGCGGCCACCCGCGACUUCGUACGCGUAGAUCCCGUUUUACCCCCUUAAGGGUUGAAUUUUGCAAAGUCCCGUCUUAGUGAAAAAGGAACUUCCAUGCAAAAUUUGAGACUCCUAGGUCUUGUAGUUUCUGAGAUUUCGUGAUGAGUGAGUCAGUCAGUGACUUUUCGCUUUCAUAGAUAUAGAUAGAUGUAGAGGCGAGCUAUGCAAGACGUGACACGAUUCUUCAUCUUUCAAGAACAGUAAUAUUGCUUUAAAACAAUUAUUUUUUGUUGUAUUAAGCUUCUGAUACAUUAGGGGAGAAAAUAUCCUCUAACUUGCAUGCGUAUAAAAACGCGUUUGCAUUGAUGCUGCUACAGUAGUGACUUUUCGCUCAAUGUUGUAUUUUACACUAGUUUAUUAAAUAGAAGUGCUUACCUACUCGUAAAUGUAGAGUCGGGUUUAAAACCAAAAUCACCAUGUAAUUUCAACUGACAACCCUGUAAUUAUCUAGUAAAGUUUAAACAAGUCCAAAAUAUUUAUCUAAAUCGUACAAAGCAUUUUUGUCAAGCUGUGAUGUGGCUUAGAUCUUAUUUUUAUAUUUCAGAGAUUAUUUUGUAAAACAAACAUCAUUUUGGAUUCCUUAGGAGCAUUUGUGAGAAUAUUGUCACAAAAUAAAUCAUGAACACCUAUUAAAGUUUUAGUAGGUACUGUAGGUAAAUAAGACAUGUAUGUACCUUAUUAUAAGUGCCUUAAAAAGAGAUAAUGUAUUUUUAUAGUUACCAUUUUCGCUUUUAGAAACAAGUAGGUAGAAAAAUAUACGUAAAAAGAUGUUUAACCGUGUCAAAUUCAGAAGUAUUAAAGCUAAAUGUAUAAAAGUAUUGAAUAUAAUUUAUAUCACAGUCAGUACUCGUAGGUACUGUAUUUUGUACAUAAUUGUUAUUAAAUAUAAGUCACAGUGUCAUAAUAUUGAAA